GGGCAGAGGUGGUGUCAGUGUCCCAGGACUAAGACAGCUUGGACUUGCAUCUCAGCUAUCAGCGUCCCUUGUCUCUGAGCACCCCUCAUCCCGUGCCACCUCGGGGGCUCUGGAACACUGGCCUCCCGUCUCCUGACCACUGACCACCACAGCCUCUCCCAGGGCUAAGCUGCUGUGACUGGACCACGGGUGCUGUGUUUGGGACGCUCGGGUCCUGGACUGUGGCCAGCGUGAGGGCUCCCAGGAGUGCCACAGCCAGGGGAUCUCUGCAUUUCCCCAGCUCUGGAAUCUCUCGCAGGGGGCAGUAUGUUUGUUUCAGCUGGGACACGGGACUCUUCACUGGGGCAAAACUGAGGAGGCAAAACCAGCGAUGCAGCUUCUCAGCAGUUUCCUGAAACUUCUUGUGGCUCUUGCGCUGCAGGCAUCACACACUCAGCAGUGGGACAGGUUCAGCAGAAACAGCACCUCAGAAGGGCAAGUCCUGCCCUUCCAGGAAGUUUGGGGCCGCAGCUUCUGUCGGCCCUUGGAGAUGCUGGUGGAUAUUGUGUCCGAGUACCCCAGUGAGGUGGAGCACAUGUUCAGCCCUUCCUGCAUCUCCCUGCAACGCUGCACCGGCUGCUGCGGAGACGAGACACUGCAGUGUGUCCCAGUGGAGACGGCCAAUGUCACCAUGCAGCUCCUGAAGAUGAAGCCAGCGGGGCAGGUGCCCUAUGUGGAACUGUCCUUUACAGAGCACAGGCAGUGCGAGUGCAGGCCUCGGCGGGAUACACUGAAGUCAGGAAGGAGGAGACCCAAGGGCCAAGGCAAGAGGAAACGAGAGAAGCAGCGACCUAAAGGCUGUGAUCUAUGUGCCAUUCCACGCAGGUAGUCAUCUCAGCAGGAGAGGGCAGCACCACAGUGCCCGUACUUAUUACCAAGUCCUCUAACCACCUGUAUGUAUGCGCCAAUUGCAUUCUUGACUGAAGCCUGUGGGACUUGUGGCUACUUGCACUUAUGAGCUGUGACCCUCCAAGCAGACAAGAAGUGGCGAGGCGAGCGACAGGACAGGAGCAUGGGCCCUUUUGCCGGAGAGGAUGACCUGGACUCUUGCUUGGCCACCUGCAGGGAUACAGCUCCAGGACCAGGGAAACUCAGCUGCGAGAGAGGCAGUCACCCUUUAGGCUGACCUUCCCCACCUUAAGGGCCUUCCCAGGAAUCUCUGCACAGUUAACAUUAGUGGUUAAAGGACUCAGGGGCCAGAUUCAGGGCUGAAAAUCUUCAUAAUGAGGCUCAACAGGUCCAGGGCUUUGCAUUCAACACUCAGCCAGAGGACAGCAGGGGACGAGCUCGGCCAAACGUGGGAAUGUUUUUGUGGCCGCUGCAGCUGAAGGAGUAUUCCAAAGUGCUGAGGGUGCAGCAGGACAGCACAGAACCUCAGGGAGGUGCCAGCACAGAACCUCAGGGAGGUGCCAGUCCAGGGGCUGCUGCACUGGGAACGUUCCCUAUUGUUGUCACCCACAGGAGUCUUGUGCUGCCACCUCCACCUUUGCAGAGCAACCCUUCCCUGAGCUGCCAGCUGGCGGAGGGGACCACACAGUCAUGAAGGAAGGAAACCUGUCCCUAGUGGGGACUCCAGUGUGGUGUCUGUCCAGCUCCCUGCACAGGAAAGAUGUGGAGAAGCUGCAGUGAGCAGGGAUGGGGGCUGGCCUGGGACCUAUCUGCUUUUGGAGUUCCCUGGGUGGGAUGGGAUAGAGAAUCCCAGGUCAACUGUAUCACAGAGGGAAUCAUGACACCCCAGCACCUGGGCUGCAGCACGGUUCCUGGGGCCCUUCCCCUGGCUGCAGCGCAGCAAUUUUCAAGCCAAGUCUUUCUGAAUA